AUGGCAUCAAAUAACAGUACUGAAGUACUUCCAGGCGCUAGAAUUCGCCGUGAUACUAUUCCCGCCCUUGUUAUGAUGGUGUUUAUUCUACUAAUUAAUGGCGGGGUAAUUCUUCUCAUAAGCUGCCAUUCCCGCCUGAGGACAAAAAGCAACAUAAUCCUUAUCAGUUUAGCAGUGUCUGAUUUUCUCGUGGGAUUCGUCGGUAUCCCUUUCGUGGUGGCUUGCAGCGCAACAUUUUAUUUUCCCCUCUGCCUGAGCUCCAGCAUAUUUUUCACCUUUAUAUCCUUCUCCACGGUGCUUCACAUCACAGCGAUGACCUGUGAUCGCUACAUAUACAUAACGUGGGCCUUACGUUACGACGAGAUUGUUCAGCGCGGAAGAGCCAUCCUUGUCGUCGCUUUCAUUUGGUUCAUCAGCCUAUUCUCGUUAGUCCGUCUUUCAUGGACAUUAAACAUUAACAUGCACACAGCAAAGGAGGAUCUGGCUCUUGUCCAAGAGAAGGAGACAAUAUACCUUAUGUUCAAUUUCAUCGUUUUUUUCUUUAUUCCCCUGGUUACUAUGGCAAUUCUUGACGCACACAUGUUGCUGUUGCUGCGGGAACAGUGUUACAGAAUUGCCCGGGACAACUUGCCUGCAGAAUUAGUUAAACGUGAGAAGAAGAUGCAACGACGGCAAAGACGGGCAGUCCUGACCUGUGUGCUGCUGCUUAUUCUGUACGUGAUUCUUUGGUUGCCUUACUUCAUCCUGGAGCUAAUGCAGCACUAUUUCGGGGAUAGAUACGGCGUUCCAUACAUCGUCAGCACUACUAUUACCUAUCUUAGGCUAUGCACGCCUAUAUUUAACCCUCUCAUUUAUACUUUAAGAAAGUAUGACCUAAAGAGAGCAGCAGAAAGAGCCUGGUAUAACGUCUUUUCUUCGUGUCGUCACGGUUUACCCAGAAAGCGACCUGAGGAAAUACCACUGAGUAGUGGGACUAACGUAUAA